CCUUAUAAAUACUCAUCGUCUACCUCCCACCAUUUUCUCUCUCCUCAACUUUGAUUUCAAAAAUGUCAGAAACAACCGCAGCAGCAAGUGCGAGCAAAUCACCAGUCGCUGAUUCAUCGGAAAACAACAGCAUAUCAUCUCCUUCGUCCGCCAUGGUUUCCGGCGACUUAUCACUGCUUUUUUCCACUCAAACUUUGGCGUUUUCAUCUGGAAACCCUAGAAUCGAAGAAACUUGCGGUGUCAUGCAUUUCUACUCUAACGACGUCGUUUCUUCCUUCUUCUUCCUUCUCUUUCUCUCUCCUCGGAAAGCCCUUGUAUGUGUUCUUGGAGUUCCGAAUCACAUGACUUAUGCAGAUUUUUGUCGGUUUUGCGGAUCAUUUGUUCAACAUAUGCUUGAAAUGCGAAUUGUCAGGGAUGAUGAAACAGCAGAUAGAUAUAUUGCUCUGAUCAGAUUUGAUAGUCAGGAUUCGGCUGAUGGAUUCUUCAAACAUUUUAACGGGAAAAGAUUUUCAUCUCUGGAGCCAGAGGCUUGUCAUGUGCUUUUUAUCAUUGAUGUGCAAUACACGGGCUCUAUUGAACAUGGACAAGCUUCUCUCAUGAACUCAACUGAGCAGAGUACAUGUCCAGUUUGCUUAGAGAGAUUGGAUCAAGAGACCAGUGGGAUCCUCACAACAAUCUGCAAUCAUUCUUUCCACUCCUCCUGCAUCUCAAGAUGGACAGAUUCUUCUUGUCCGGUUUGUCGUUAUUGUCAGCAGCAGCCUGAGAAAUCAACCUGUUUCAUUUGUCAAACCUCAGAGAAUCUGUGGAUAUGUGUAAUAUGUGGUUUUGUGGGUUGUGGAAGGUAUAAGGAGGGCCAUGCUAUAGUGCAUUGGAAAGAAACACAGCACUGCUAUUCCCUGGACUUGGAAACUCGCCGUGUUUGGGAUUACGUUGGUGACAACUAUGUCCACCGUCUAAUACAGUCAAAAACGGAUGGGAAGUUGGUCGAGCUAAAUGCUCCAUGUUCACAUGCUGUGCACGGCUGUGGCAGUUGCGAGUGCAGUGAGGAUCCUGGAAUUAAUGACGCCAUCUUAAAUAGUAAAGUUGAAGCUAUUGUAAAUGAAUACAAUGAACUUCUCUCCACACAGCUUGAGAAUCAAAAAUUGUAUUUUGAAUCUUUGUUGCAAGAAGUUAAAGAAGAGACUGAAAGGGAAAUAGCUGAAGCUGUGGAGAAAGCUGUGAGCUUGAAAUUGCAGAAAUUGCAAGCAAAAUUGGAUAGAUGCAUCAAAGAAAAGAAAUUUCUGGAUGAUAUCAAUGAAAAUCUGCUGAAAAAUCAAGAGAUCUGGAAGGCCAAGUUACAGGAGACUGAGGAAAGGGAAGAGAAAGCUGUAAGACUGAAGGAUACCAAAUUACAAGAUCUUGAAGAACAGCUCAAAGACUUGAUGUUGCAACUUGAAGCAGGGCAAGCAGUAGAGCAACUAUCCAUUAAUGAAGUUAGUGAUGGUGCUGUUUUGAAGUUAGGAGGUGAAUCCUCUACUACCACAACCACCAAAUCCAAGAACCGGAAGAAGAGGUGAAAGAACUAAAAUACAAUUUAUGGCAAGCGUAGCUUGAUAGGAAUGUGAGUUUGUAAGUUCUGUGAUUCAUAUUGUAAAUGAGUGAAAAAGAGCGUAAAUAUUGUUGUGUGUCCUGGUACUUAUCUGGAUCAUGAAAUACACAAUUAGCGAUAUUGAGCACGAUGGUAUUCAUCACUAUCGUGAGUUGUCAAUGACUUUUUCAAACACUGUAGAGGCUCGUUGUGUUAUUAAUUUUUGUUCAGCA